AUGGUCGAAACCACAGUGAUCCAGUCCGAACGACUCUUUCCCAGCAUCAAUCCCACAGAAAGGGCAGUGCCUCUGUCGCUGCUAGAUGCAACAACCGCCGAUUUUUCUUCGACGACUGCUAUUUGGCUAUUUGAACGGCCUGACGGGGCCCUACAGGAUGGAUUCGACCUGUUCGACCACUUUCGCCGAUCUCUCCAGGUCACUUUGAAUGACUAUCCCCAGUGGACUGGUCUCCUCAAAAGCAUCACGACACUCGAUUCAGCUGGACUGGAGAAAGAAACCCUUCAGUUUCCACCGCAUGCUCGUCGCUUUGGCCGAUUAUAUACCCACUAUGGGUCGCCCCAGGAUCCUGGGGUCGAGCUCAUCACCGCAACUUCCACCGCAACUAUUGAAACACUGUGUCCCGCAUCAAGAACGAAAGAGAAGCCGCUUUUUGAUCGCCAAAAAGUACGACUCGACCGCCUUAUCCCCUCGGGUCGUUUGACUAGUGCGAUAGCAGCUGUCAAAAAAGAUGCGGCGGGUCUUUUGCCACCGGCGUUUGUAAUUCAGUUGACAAAGACGGCCUGCGGUGGUUUUGCACUAGGUGCUAAAAUUGCGCACCCUCUCGCCGAUAUACAAUCACUUGCUUAUUUUGUCAAGGAUUGGGCAAAGAUCAGUCGCUGGCACUUGGGAGGCUCAUGUGGCCUUCAGCCCAUCCUUCAACCAGUUUUCGAGCCAGAGCGACUCGACUCAAAGGCUACAGGAGAUAUCAAUGGAGAGAAUGCUAAUCCAGAAGUACUCGAGAGAAUCAAAAGUCUUCCUUUGCAUCGCUAUGACUGGUGGGCAGCACCAGCUCAAUGUCCCUGGCCCCAAGAGAUCCCAGAACCAUUCCGAGAUCAAGAUUUAGAACUCAUCGGCAAGACGAUGCCAUGGAAAGAAUGGGAUUUCGCCGCCCCCGUCUCGCAUUAUACUCUCCAUCUGACUCGAGAUCAGGUCGAGACCAUCUGGAACAAAAUUUCUAAUGGAGACCCCGGAAAUCCUACAGCCGAGCGAAUCAGCCGACACGAUGCUGUCCUGGCUCACAUUUGGUCGUGUAUCACCCGUGCUCGAAAGCAGCAGGAAGAUACCGGCUUAGUCCAUUGUAAUCUUACCUACGGCACACGACCGGCCCUCCAUUUCGGAGACGACUUCAUCGGAUCACCCAGCAUGAACAUCAACAUCGAGAUGAGUGGAAAGGAGCUAGCAUCCGCAGAAAUCCCCGAAGAACAGAAAACCAGAAGCAUUGCGCAAUGCAUUCGCAAAACGAUUAGCCAAAUGAGCCAACCUGGCGCAAUCGCCGCGCAUCUUCAUAGCGUGGCAUUUGAAAAGGCUCCUCAGCGUAUCUGGCAGGCAUUUCUGGGGUCUCGACACCUUAUUGUGACUAGUUGGGCGCGAGUUGGUAUUUACGAUGUGGAUUUCGGACUCAAUACUCCGAUUCGGUUUGCUGAGGGGGUGAUUCCGGAUUUGGAUGGGGAUAUCUUGAUUAAAGAUGCACCGCCUUUGGAUCGAUUGAAGAAAUCAUCGGAUCGAAGUGCUUGGACGGAUGAUGGGGUUGAUGUCUCGAUUCAUAUCCGGGCCGAAGAUAUGGAUCGCUUGAUUCGGGAUCCACUCCUCCUUCCAUGA